AUGGAGCGAGGGAAAGGGGAAGAGAAGGAGCCAUGUUUGGAGGACGGUGUGGCUGCAAUGGCGCGCUGCUACCGAGGGUUCAACCCCACAGCGUACCUUCAGUACAACUACACCCCUCCUCGCGCGGACUUCACCCGGCCGGACAGCAUCGUACCCUGGAAACUUGCCUGCCUGCACAGAGCUUUCACUGAAGGUGACGUGGGUGGCGAGAUGUUGGUGGACGUGGGUUCUGGUCCCACCCUGUACCAGGUCCUCAGUGGCUGUGAAAAGUUUGGCCGGGUGGUUCUAACGGACUUCCUGGAUGUGAACCGUACAGAGCUGAAGCGCUGGCUGGGGGAAGAAGAGGGCAGUUUUGACUGGACUCCCUACCUGCAGCAUGUCUGCCAGCUGGAAGGCCGUGGUGCUUCUGCCUGGCAGGAGAAGGCAGCACGCUUGCGUUCGGUGGUGACAGAGAUCCUUCCUAUUGACGUUCACAAGCCCUCCCCACUGCCCGCGGGCUCCCUGCCCUCCUCCGGGGCCGACUGUCUGGUGUCCUCCUUCUGCCUGGAGAGCGUGAGCCCGGACCUGGCCUCCUUCACCCGGGCCCUGGGCCACGUGUCGUCCCUGCUGCGGCCUGGUGGCCACCUUCUGCUCAUCGGGGCCCUGGGGGAGAGCUACUACAUGGGAGGGCCUGGCGUUCGCAUCCCUGUGGUACCACUGGACGAGGCCCAGGUCUGCGACAGCCUGAGGGCCAGCGGUUACACCCUCCUCCACCUCAGCAUCUACACCCUGCCCCCGGACAUGAGGGUGGGGGUGGAUGAUGUCACCGGCAUCUUCUUUGCCAAGGCCAGGAAAGCAUGA